AUGUUUAUGCCACGCCAGAAAGCAGCCAUCCAUAACUUUUACGAGUUUCAAAAAAAGUGUCUUGAACUUUCGGCAGACUAUUACCAAGGCAUUGCGAACCUUCUUCGCGAAACAGAUGUGUCUCUUUUUCUUUCUCCGGGUAUCCAAGGAGAUUCGCUCUCAUUCAUUAAUGAGACAAAUAUGAUUUUCAAAAAUAUGACGAGUAGUUUGAAUGCUAGUACCUCUGGAGGCGCGGCAGCACUAGCAAGCAGUAGUAGUAGCGCGUACCCCGAAACCCAAAUAAUUAGAUCUAAUAAAAGAAAAUAUGAGAGUGAGGAGAGUGGAGAGGAUGGCUACCAUUCGGACGGCAAAAAAACUGCGCCGAAACAUAGGCGAGCUCCAAGACAGCUUUGGACUGAUGAAGAAGUUGCAAAGUUGAGAGCAGCGCAUGAUAAACACAAAGGGGAUUGGGAGCAGGUCAUUAAGGAAUUUGAACCGGAGAGAACUAGAAUUCAAAUCUUUCAAAAAGCCCGCCAAAUUGGACUUCGAGCAGUAGAAUCCGGGCGACUAAUUGAUCCUGCCAAGCCAAAUACAAGUGGAGAUUCGGAAGUUAAAGAUGAACACCCAAACGAUGAAGAAGAUUACGAGAAUCGUGAAACAACUUCUGAGACAGCUCCAUCUUCGGGGUUUGGUCCAAACUCGAAUAACGGCCACCAAGAUUUCGCGGUUUUCCAAAGGUCAACUGAAGGAUUUCCCAAGGGAACGCUGGAUAGAUCGACGGCAGCAAAAUUGAAACUAGAACACUUUUACAAAAUCACCCUGGAACAAGCUAUUGAAAGAAACCAACGUCGUCAGGAACUUGAAGCAAAAUUGGAAAACGAUCCCUGUUCAGAUGACCGACGGAACAGACAAUUUCAAUCUUUAGGCAGAAAAGAGUCACAGUUUUUGAGACUCCGAAGAACGAGAUUAGGUUUAGAUGAUUUCAAUACAGUUAAAGUUAUUGGUAAAGUACAAAAGUCAGACACCGGAAAAAUAUAUGCAAUGAAAACUCUGAGAAAGGCAGACAUGUUCAAAAAGGAUCAGUUGGCACACGUCAAAGCAGAGCGAGAUGUCCUUGCCGAAUCUGAUUCGCCGUGGGUUGUUCAAUUGUUCUAUUCCUUUCAAGAUUCUCUAUAUUUGUAUCUUAUUAUGGAAUUUUUGCCGGGUGGCGAUUUAAUGACAAUGUUAAUCAAGUAUGAUACUUUCUCAGAGGAUGUGACUCGGUUCUAUAUUGCUGAAUGUGUGUUAGCAAUCGAUACCAUUCAUAAAUUGGGUUUUAUUCAUCGAGAUAUAAAACCGGAUAAUAUUCUAAUUGAUCACGAAGGACACAUUAAAUUAUCCGAUUUUGGUCUAUCAACAGGGUUCCAUAAAACACACGAUUCCGCAUACUAUCAACGUCUAUUGGAUGGAUCUCUUAACGGGUCUAAUGGAGGAGGUCAUCGUCAAUUACCGAGUGAGCACAACAUCAAUUUAACUUUAUCGAGUAAAGACAGAAUUGCUACCUGGAAGAUAAAUCGAAGGGCUUUGGCCUAUUCGACAGUAGGCACUCCAGAUUAUAUUGCUCCUGAGAUUUUCCUGCAAAAAGGAUAUAGUCAAGAAUGUGAUUGGUGGUCACUUGGCGCUAUCAUGUUUGAAUGUCUUGUUGGAUAUCCUCCAUUCUGUAGUGAGAAUGCGCACGAGACCUACCGAAAAAUUAUUAAUUGGCGGGAUCAAUUGUAUUUUCCGGAAGAUGUUCAUUUAAGUCAUGAAAGCGAAGAUCUAAUUCGACGACUCAUUUGCGCUCCUGAACAACGACUCGGACGUGGUCACGGCGGCGAAGAAAUCAAAUGUCAUCCGUUUUUCUCAGGCGUCACGUGGGACACCAUCCGUACAAUUUCGGCUCCCUUUGUACCCGUAUUGACAUCUAUAACUGAUACUAGCUAUUUCCCGACUGAAGAUUUAGAAAAGAUUCCGGAACAGCCGCCGACAGCUGAUCAUUCUCAAUUCAAUCAAAAAGAUCUAGCGUUUGUUGGAUACACAUUUAAGCGAUUCGACGACUUAACACGUAAAAAUGCGCUGUAA